UGUUUCUAGGAACGAACGUACUAAAGGUUUGCUGAAGUAAUUUUAUAAAAUAAAAAGGAUCUUGCGUGUACCAACUUUUAACCGCUGCUUACGCAAGUUUGAGUGUCUAGUGUAUAAUCAAGAUAUCUAAGCUAUACAGGUGAAAAAAGAGACACUUAGACCGAUACAACAAUGAACAGCUUCCGUACGACGUUUCCAUUUGUUUCUCGUGAACUGCUGAACUGGUUCCCAGGUCAUAUGGGGAAAGGUAUGAAACAGAUGCAGCAAAAGCUGAAGCAGAUUGACUGCGUCAUAGAAGUACAUGAUGCUCGAAUACCGCUCACCGGUCGUAAUACAGAAUUUAAACACACAAUUAGUGGCAUCAAGCCCCAUAUAUUGGUACUGAAUAAGUGUGACCUUAUAGAAAAGCAGUUUGAAAGCAAAAUUAUUGAUCACCUUCAGCAGGAAAACCACGAUCCAACGAACGUUUUGUUUACAAAUUGCAAGAACCAAAGUUGCAGGGGACUUCGAAAAUUGAUGCCGUUGGCACAGGAUCUAAUAAACAAUUCAGAUCGGUAUAAUCGUUCCAGUCAACGAGAAUUUUGCAUUAUGAUUAUUGGUGUGCCAAAUGUGGGAAAAUCGUCGCUCAUAAACGUUCUACGAAACCGGCACCUUAAUAAGAAGGGCGCCAGCCAGGUGGGUGCUGUUGCGGGAGUUACUAGAAGCGUGCUGAACCGUAUAAAAAUAUGCGAAGAUCCUCCCAUUUAUCUGCUGGAUACACCUGGAAUACUAGAGCCAAAUAUCGCCGAUACUGAAACAGGGUUACGGCUGGCAUUGGUUUCAUGUCUGCAGGAUCAUCUGGUUGGCGAAGAGCUGAUUGCCGAUUACCUUUUGUUCCUACUAAACAAGCAGCAAAAUUUCCGCUAUGUUAAGGUAAUGAGUUUGCCUGAGCCAACCGAUUCGAUUGCCAGUGUCCUGAUGUCAAAUGCAAUCCAUUUAAACAAAAUGAUUCGUACCAAACAGCUGGAUGGUACAAGUGUACUUCGUCCGGAUAUUAAUAUGGCAGCAAAGUUAAUGCUGAAAUCUUUUCGAACAGGAGCAUUUGGAAAGAUUUUGCUAGACGAAGAUAAAAUUAAGUACGGUAUGAGUAGUAUUAAACUAAAACACUAUUGAAUCAGGCAUUCUGUUAUGGUUUACUGACUACUGGGAAAUGUUCUGUUAUAGGAGGGUUUAGUCAAAAAUUCAUCGAAUGUAAUAAAUAGGAAGCUUUUUAAAGAAAAAA